AUGGUGCAGCGGCUGACUUACAGGACGCGUCAUAGCUAUGCCACAAAAUCAAAUCAGCAUCGGGUCGUCAAAACUCCCGGGGGAAAGCUAGUGUACCAGAGCACUAAGAAGAGGGCAAGUGGACCAAAGUGCCCAGUCACUGGCAAGAGAAUCCAAGGGAUUCCUCACCUUAGACCUGCAGAGUAUAAAAGAUCUAGGUUACCCAGGAACCGUCGGACUGUAAACCGUCCUUACGGUGGAGUAUUGUCUGGUUCUGCUGUGAGGGAAAGGAUCAUUAGGGCCUUCUUGGUUGAAGAACAAAAGAUCGUGAAGAAGGUUUUGAAGAUACAGAAGGCCAAAGAAAAGCUUGCUUCAAAGAGUUGA